AUGAGACUGAUAAUUCUAAUCGCUUUUGUAGCGCUAAUUGCUACCGUAUUCUCGGCCCCGAGUCCCAAGGAUGAUCAUCAUUUAGUGCAGGAGAGAGAUGCAUGGAGCCCCCAUGAUGGACCAUUUGGAGUAGCAAAGGAUGGAACUGGUGGUGUUGAAGGAGCCUCCUCGGACCAACAUCACGAUAGAUCGAAACGAUGGGGUGGCUGGGGAUGGGGCCGCCCAUGGGGUGGAAUGGGAUGGAGACGCCCGUGGGGUAUGGGAUGGCGCCGUCCAUGGGGAAUGGGCAUGGGCGGAUGGGGAGGAUACGGUGGAUACGGAUGGGGACGCUAA